AUGGCCCGGAACACGCUGUCCUCGCGCUUCCGUCGGGUGGACAUCGACGAAUUUGACGAGAACAAAUUCGUGGACGAACAGGAGGAGGCGGCGGCGGCGGCGGCCGAGCCAGGCCCGGAUCCUAGCGAGGUGGACGGGCUCCUGCGGCAAGGGGACAUGCUUCGGGCGUUUCAUGCAGCCCUGCGGAACUCUCCCGUCAACACCAAGAAUCAAGCUAUGAAGGAACGGGCCCAGGGCGUGGUGCUGAAAGUGCUUACAAAUUUUAAGAGCAGCGAAAUUGAGCAGGCUGUGCAGUCACUGGACAGAAAUGGCAUUGACUUGCUCAUGAAGUACAUUUAUAAAGGGUUUGAGAAGCCCACAGAAAAUAGCAGUGCAGUGUUACUCCAGUGGCAUGAAAAGGCAUUAGCAGUAGGAGGACUAGGCUCCAUUAUAAGAGUUCUUACAGCAAGAAAGACUGUUUAAAAAAAAAAAAGACUCAUGUUACCUUGAGAAGAAUUUUGGAUGCACAGGCUGUUGAAGAAGGGAUUGACAAUGGACCAUCUUCCUCAGAACUCCCAAGUAAACUAUUUCAGGACAUGCAUCCACUAAAGUGUAUUUUAUUUUCAAGGUGGAGGGAGAAAUCGUCUUACUGUUUCCUAAAUCCUUUGCAGGAUCUGAUAGUCUAUGCCUUUGUCCACAAGUAAUGCAGAACUGACAUUGUGACUGUCUACCAGAGUGGCUGGCCCGCAUUGGUCAGGUGUACCUGUGUGCACUGCCUGUGUAAAAGCGGGGAAGGAUGACUUGGGCACGUGCAGAUUCAAGGGGUGUGGUAAAAAAGGGAGAGCUUGGUUUUUGUUGAAGUGGAAAACCCCCAAGGGUCUGUACAGACAUCCCGACCUCCCAAAGAAGGCGGGCUCUCUUGGGUUCAUUGUAAAGUGCCUGCUGCAUCAAUAAAGCUCUUGGCUUAUUAGUAUAUACUCUGCAGUGUGUUUCAUGUAUAUAAAAGAAAUGGGUAAUGGAUGGUAAUGAAUGAGAGGUCGCCUGUUCUGGAAACUGGAAUGGAGGGGGUAGACGUGUGUCCCCGCCGAGCCAUGGGAGCGAGCGUGGCAUUCCAGCCCUCCUGCCACAGCAGUACCUCAGGCCUGGGCUGCAGUGCUGCUGGCUGCUACAGAGAGCUGUUUUGCUGAAUAACUAUUUAUUGUUUUUACUUCUUUCAUUUGUGUGUAGUUUUGGAGCUUAUUUAAUAAAGUGCCAAACAUUCAAUAAUUGA